AUGGCGGGAGCCGUGUUUCUUUUACUUUUGCUGCUCCUGCGCUCCCCGUCCACACACGGCACCUCUCCAGCCACGUCGCCCUCGGGAACAUGGCCAACUGUCACCACAGACAGUCAGGGCAACCUGCAUCUCAACGCUUCCGCCCUCACGGGCCAAGUCCUCGUGAAUGGCGCUGCUCCAAUCACCGUUGGUGAUGCCACCCUUGUCGCCCUCCAGACGCAAGUUGCCAGCCUGCUCGAGGCCAACAGAGCCCUUGCAGCCGAGCAAGCUGCCAUGAAGGAGCUGGUCGAGUCCCUUGUCAAUACCUCUCUGGGACUGGAAGCGUCGGUCCGCACGCUUACAGUCCAAAAGAACGAGCUUGAAACACGCGUGGGCGAUCUGCUCAAAGCAGUCUUUCCCAAGCGUCUCUAUAUCAUCGGUGGCGCCCGAGGCAUUAAUAGUGGUGUUCUCGACUCUGUCGCCAUCUAUGAUGGCGAAGCCUGGACGGCCGGCCCCGCAAUGCCCUUCCCCACCUACGAGCACAAAAGUGUGGUUUUCAAUAACACUUUGAUGGUCAUCGGUGGCCGCGUGGGACCUGGGCCAGUCAAUACCACUUACUACUUUGAUGGGGUCGAUUGGUCCGCAGGCCCAGAGUUGCAAACUUAUCAUUAUUCUUUUGCCGCCGUGGUCUACCACAACCAGGUCCACGUUAUUGGAAUGGCCUCGUCCAACGCCAAUAACCCCAAAAAUGAGGUUUUGAUCGAUGGCGUCUGGACCCAAGGCGCCAACUCUGUCUUCUUUCGUUUUGCGCCUUGCGCUGCAGUCUACCGAGACCGUCUAUUUGUUAUGGGUGGUCAAACUUCUACAGGAGUUCUCAGCUCAAUCGAAGUCUUGGACACGGACACCAACACUUGGAUCCUCUAUGGCAAUCUCCUCUCUGCUCGCAUGGCAUGUGCGGCCAUCGUCUUUGACGAUAUACUUUACGUCAUUGGUGGCCAAGAUGACUCGGGUGAAUAUCUAAACACAGUUGAAAGCUUCAAUGGUGAAACUUGGUCCGUCGUGGCGGCCAUGCAUCAAGGCCGAGCCUAUAUGAGUGCCAACAUUUUUCGCUCAACUAUUUCCGUCAUCGGCGGUGAAGGCAGUGAAAGCGAUCGAGCCCACACAACUGUCGAGACCUUUGACGGUGCCGCCUGGUCUGUCGAUGCAGACUUGGCCAUCGACAGCCGUACCCGCUUCGCCAGUGCGGUCUUCGAACCACCCGUUGGCCAAAAGUACGACGAUUGCGCUCGCCACACUACCCAAGAUCAACCUUUCUUUGCAGCUACCGAGGGUAAUAACUCCUUCCGAGAAACUAUUUUUGGUCUUCAGUUUGGCUUUGUUUUAUUUCGCGGGUCAAGCAACGGCAUAUCCGAGUCGCUCAAUCCCGAGGAUAGGGAAAGUGCAACUCGUUCCCGACCGCAGGUGUCACAACAAAGAGAAACAACGGUAGUCAACGGCCUAUCGCCCCAAGCAGUUUUUGUAUUCGAGGCACAAUCUGAGACUUUAUGCUUUGCCACGUUGUGUGAGCUCUGCCGACGGACAAGCAAGACACCUCAGCCGCGACUGACCCGCGAGCACCUGCUGACCUGCCGUCCCAUCAAGCGACACAACGCCCUUCGCGACGAGAUGGGCCGCCUGCUCAGGUACGCCACCCUCUCCCAUGUCUGGGUGGAAAAGUCUGGCUACAACGCCAACGCUCUGCCCGACCUGGGCAUUGACGUGACUGUGCGCACAGCCCAACCCCCGACCACCUCGCAAGCCUGCAUCAAGGUGGGCGCUGCCCUUCGCCGAGCCGAAAAGGAGAAGCGCGACUACUACACCGGUUUCAACCAUGGAAAAACUCUGAUCGUCCCUGCGGCAAUGACGACAACCGGUGGGUUCGCCUCCUCCUUUGUGGAUCUGCUUGGUCAGCUCGCCCGCUGCGCCGAGGCCCGUGGUGUGUACCAGCCGGGGCUGGAUGAGGCCUUUGUUCCUCGAUGGAAGGGUCGCUUUGCGGCGCUGGUCCAUCAGAUGAACGCUGACCACAUCCAGCGCCACUUUGGCGGUGUCUGCCUGCACUCGUCGUAG